CUUGAAUCAGGAACGAAUUUUGAAACCGUGGCUUCUGGGAAUAUAAAGCCAAAUUGAACCUUGGAUGCACGCGUAUUAAAUUAUUCCUGCCAUAGAUAACAGUUGCACUGAGAAGCACGAAAUAGUCAGCAACAUAGUUUCAAAAUUCGCGACAUGCCUCUGGACAGAACAUCACCACCAUCUGGCGUUGCCGACGAGGACGACGCUCUGCCACCUGUCAGUGGAGAAUUCGACCCACCAUCUGGGCGUCUCGCUGCAGUUACUAGAAAAGCUAACGAGAUUAAUGAAUUUAUGAAUAAAGGAAUCAAAGACAAAGACGAAUUGGAAUAUCAGUAUCGAACCUACUUGGAUAGAGUUCAAACUCUACAAGAAGCGUGCGAACAACAGACUAACUUGAAUGAAGAGGAAAAUCAGAAGAGAAUAAAGUGGUGGAACUACAAUAACGCUGGCAUUGUGAAUGUCAGAGUAGAUGUUGAGAAAUAUUUGGCUGAAAUGACAGGAGCUAGGCUCAAACUGCGAACUUCAAAACCAUAUUCGAAGGGCGGUCAAUCAUCGCCAAACCGUCGUGGACAACCAAGAAUUCAGCGCCGAAGCAAAGUCAGCAGUCGUGAGGAAUUUUUACGUAGACUGUAUUUCCUCGCUUCUAGUGAUUCUGAGGAGACAGCUGCUAAACUCCUGCAAGAGGUAAAACAUUUGGUAUCUGAAGGAGGAUUUAAUCUUGCCGAAUUCGUUACGAAUUCCGACAGACUUUUGAGCCUCGUGAACAAUGAAAAAAGUUUCCGACGUAAAAUUGAAAUAAAUUCAUCUUGGCUCCGCUAAUCCAGCAUUAGGUCUGAUAUGGAAUGCAAAACGUGAUACGCUGAAGUUAAAGAUAAAUUUAGAAAAUAAACAGCCGACUAGAAGAAGCAUCCUAUCGAUCAUCCACGGAAUUUUUGAUCCUAUUGGCCUGAUUGGACCAACCAUCGUCUGCGCGAAAAGAAUUUUCCAGGAUGCCUGCAAACUGGAAUUGGAUUGGGACGCAGAGUUACCUGCAUCGCUCAACCGAAGAUGGACUACCUGGCGAGACGAGCUUCAUUUCCUUGAAGAUUAUGAAAUUCAGAGAUGCUGCAAACCAGCAGCAGCUACCAGAAAUGAGUUGAAUUUUUUUUCACGGAUGGAUGUGAAACGGGCUACGGCUCGGUUGCUUUCUUGAGAUCUAUUGCAAGGAACGGAGAAAUAAGCUGUUAUCCUGUCCUCUCAAAAGCCAGA